GGACCUCUACUGGUAAGCUAUGCAACUCGCUACUAGGCUCAACUUUGUUGCAGCAAACCGAACUAUUCCUUAUAUUCACUCCACAUUCUUGCUCACGUCCAGCCAAGGCAGUAUAGGCCGAUGGAGUCGCCAGAGCCCGUCACUGUCGUCGCUAAGCAUUCGACAUCUCAAAAUCGGCCUUAGUCGGGAAACAUAUACGCCCUUGUUUUAAACGCUCGCGUCACUUUUAGGGAAUGUCGCCGACAUCGCCCUUGACAUUCGCCUGCAUGCAUGACCUGUCAGCCAAUCUGUCGUCGUCAAAGAU